AUUAAAUCCCCAAUCCUCUCCUUGUUCCCUCUCGCCCCCGAAAAGCCCAAAACCCUAAAAAUCCCUCCUUUUUCUUCCAAACGAGGAAAAAAAAAUUAAGAUCUCAGACUACAAACAAUGCUGUACAUCAUAGGCUUGGGCCUCGGCGAUGAGAAAGACAUAACAUUGAGAGGCCUCGAAGCAGUCCGCAGCUGCGACAAGGUCUACGUCGAGGCCUACACCUCCCUCCUCUCCUUCGGCCUCUCCGACGACGGACUCUCGAGGCUCCAGGAUCUCUACGGCAAGCCAAUCUCCGUCGCGGAUCGAGAGACGGUCGAGGAGAAGGCUGAAGAGAUCCUGUCUCAUGCGUCGGGCUCCGACGUCGCGUUCUUGGUCGUCGGCGAUCCCUUUGGAGCAACAACGCAUACUGAUCUUGUUGUCCGGGCCAAAAAACUAGGGGUGAAAGUUGAGGUGAUACACAAUGCAUCUGUGAUGAAUGCUAUAGGUAUUUGUGGGUUGCAACUUUACCAUUACGGCGAGACUGUUUCUAUACCUUUCUUCACAGAGACAUGGAGACCUGACAGUUUCUAUGAAAAGAUUCAAAGAAAUCGUCAACUUGGAUUGCAUACUCUUUGCUUGUUAGAUAUACGCGUGAAGGAACCCUCAUUGGAAUCAUUAUGCCGUGGAAAGAAGUGUUAUGAGCCACCAAAAUACAUGACGAUCAACACUGCUAUAAAUCAGCUCUUGGAGGUUGAGGAAAAGCAUGGGCAAUGUGCAUACAGUGAAGAAUCAAAAUGUGUUGGUCUUGCUCGCCUUGGCAACAAGGAUCAGAUGAUUGUUGCUGGUCCAAUGAAAGAUUUGCUUGACGUUGAUUUUGGCGCGCCACUUCACUGCCUCAUAAUAGUAGGAGAGACUCAUCCUGUGGAAGAAGAGAUGCUAGAAUUCUAUACCAUUAAAGAAUCAUGUGCAUGACAUAAGUUCAGUUAGUCUUUGCUCGUAAAAGUUCCGAUACCAUGAAAUCGACCAUCUUGAAUUAUGAUAAAGUCGAAGCGUUUAAGAUGCAGAUUCCACUUUUCCUUCGUUAAAGCUCAUUGCAAAGGCACUCCUAACAGGCAAUGAUCUGUAAGAACUGUUCAUAUCUGAUUCCAUAAUCGACUUCUUUUAUCAUCUUUGUUGUAUUGAUAUAUAUGGUUAGGCAGUAUAUUAUCAAAUGUUACAAUUAUUGUUUAAUCCGUAAAGCCAACUUGUUCUAGAGCAUUGGUUUUCUUAAUUGGUUAGCUGCUGUUUUGCA